AAAACAAAACGAAAAAACAGACUCUGUUACGAACGAGUCACAACAUUCUUAUCCAAUGCUAAGAUUCUCUCCUUGAUUUCCUCAAAUUCUCAUAUAUAUAUCCAAAAGGGUUGCUUUUUUUUUCACAAAUUUCUUUCCUUUGGACUGCAGACUUCGAAAUUUUAAAGCUUUUUAAGGUUUCAUUUCUGGGUUUGAAAUGGGAUCGGCUGCGGAGCAAACCAUUCUGGUAACUGGUGGGGCUGGGUUCAUCGGCACCCACACGGUGGUGCAGCUUCUCAAUGAGGGUUUCAGGGUCUCGAUCAUAGACAAUCUUGAUAAUUCAGUCAUUGAAGCUGUUGAUAGGGUCAGGGAUUUGGUUGGUCCUCAUCUUUCUCAGAAACUCGAGUUCAAUAAGGGUGAUCUAAGGAAUAAGGAGGACUUGGAGAGGCUUUUCUCCAGGACAAAGUUCGAUGCAGUUAUCCAUUUUGCUGGCCUUAAGGCCGUUGGAGAGAGUGUUGCUUAUCCUCGUCGUUAUUUUGACAACAAUUUAAUUGGUACCAUCAAUCUGUAUGAGGUCAUGACAAAAUACAACUGCAAAAAGAUGGUGUUCUCUUCCUCUUCAACUGUUUAUGGCCAACCUGAAAAAAUACCAUGUGUUGAGGAUUUUGAGCUCAAGGCCAUGAAUCCUUAUGGUCAAACCAAGCUUUUCCUAGAAGAAAUUGCUCGAGAUAUCCAGAAGGCUGAGCCAGAGUGGAGGAUUAUCUUGCUGAGGUACUUCAACCCUGUUGGGGCUCAUGAAAGUGGUAAAAUUGGAGAAGAUCCAAAGGGCAUCCCCAACAAUCUAAUGCCUUACAUACAACAAGUGGCUGUUGGCAGGUUGCCUGAACUUAAUGUAUAUGGUUAUGAUUAUCCAACAAAAGAUGGAACUGCGAUCCGAGACUAUAUCCAUGUCAUGGACGUGGCUGAUGGUCACAUUGCUGCUCUAAGGAAGCUUUUUACAAAAGAUGAUAUAGGUUGUGUUGCCUACAACUUGGCAACUGGUCAGGGUACCUCGGUUCUUGAAAUGGUUGCUGCUUUUGAGAAAGCAUCUGGCAAGAAAAUCCCCAUCAAACUAUGCCCAAGAAGGCCUGGAGAUGCCACAGCUGUUUAUGCAGCUACCGAGAAAGCUGCUAAAGAACUUGGUUGGAAGGCAAAAUAUGGUGUAGAAGAGAUGUGCAGGGACCAAUGGAAGUGGGCAAGCAACAAUCCAUUGGGAUACCGAAAGUCUCAAUGAUCAUUGCUUUCCACGAAUAAAACAUGAAAACUCUUUUAACUCCUGACUCCUCAGUUCUGCAAAAGGGUUCGUAGAGCAUUUUAUGAUUCAUUGUAAUCUUGUUCUCUCCUUAUUUUGAAAGUUAAUCAUUGGAGAAAAUAAUUGUGCAACUAUUUCAUUAAAUACUAUAUAUGUAGUUUUGAAUCUUAUCUUUGGGAGUCUGAGAAUCCCUCUCUUUAAUCAC